CACCAACAUGCCUCGAUUCACACAACUUUUCACUGCGGCAUUGGCUGCUGUGAGCACCGUCUCAGCAGGCUCAGUGCUCGACCUGACGCCCAAGAACUUCGACAAGGAGAUUCUGAAGUCGGGCAAGCCCGCAUUGGUCGAGUUCUUCGCGCCAUGGUGUGGCCACUGCAAGUCCCUGGCGCCCAUCUAUGAAGAGCUGGCUGCCAGCUUCGAGGGCGCCAAGGACAAGGUCAUCAUCGCCAAAGUGGACGCCGACGAGCACAAGGAGCUCGGCAAGAAAUACGAAAUCUCAGGCUUCCCUACGCUGAAGUGGUUCGACGGCACGGGCAAGUCGAAGCCAGAAGACUACAAGAGCGGUCGUGAUUUGGACAGCUUGACGGCAUUCAUCACGGAGAAGACUGGGGCAAAGGCGAAGAAGGCGAAGACUGCCGCCAGCCAGGUCGAGCACUUGACUGACAGCACUUUCAUUGAGAAGAUUGGCAAGGACCAGGACGCUCUCGUGGCAUUCACUGCGCCAUGGUGUGGACACUGCAAAUCGCUCGCGCCCACCUGGGAGAAGCUCGCCGCUGACUUUGUUCACGACGACAACGUCCUCAUUGCCAAGGUUGACGCCGAAGCACCAAACGCAAAGGCCACCGCCGAGAAGUUUGGCGUCAAGUCUUACCCAACCAUUCUCUACUUCCCCGCCGGAUCGACCGAAUCGCAGCCAUACGAGAGCGGCCGCAGCGAGGAGGAUCUUGUCAAGUUUGUCAACGAGAAGGCUGGCACUUAUCGGUCCCCUGGCGGUACUCUUAAUGCCCUCGCUGGUGUCAUCCCAUCCCUCGACGCCACAGUUGCCAGCCUCUCGACUGGCGGCGACAAGGCAUAUAAAGAGUUGAUCAAGCAAGCCGGCAAACUGCAGGGAAAGUACGCCGAGUACUACACCAAGGUUGCCAAGAAGGCGCAGGAUAACCAGGGCUACGUUGAGAAGGAGCUCACUAGGUUGACGAACUUGAUCUCGAAGGGUAGCCUUGCACCAGAGAAGUUGGACGACCUGACCAGCAGGAAGAACAUCCUCAGCGUUUUCGCGGGCAAGGUGGCCGGUGCAGCGGAUAGCGUCAAGGAGGCUGCUGAGAGUGUGAAGGCUGAGCUUUAGAUGACCAAGAAUGACACGACUGUAAAUUUAGCAAAAAGCGGCUUUGGUUGGUUCAUGGACGACACAGACAUGUCUGAAUGAUGCGUCGUCGAUCGAGCGUUAUUUGACAUGAAUAGAAUCUGGAAAUGUGCUCACUCUUUUUGAUAGACAUCAACUCUUGCAAACCGUGUCCCAGUUCAAAUCAUCUAUAGUAUCUUGAGCAGA